AAGUGCAGAAGUUGUUAAAGGGAAAACUGUCAACAGACCACCUUGCGUUUUAACCUUUAUUUUCCUGUGAGUAUAAAGACAUGUUUGUUGGUUUCCCUCGGGAUGUUGUGACGACAACCGCAUACGCCAUCGUAUGAGCGUGUCAUAAAACCAUUUAAAGGCUUUUUUGUCCUUUUCACUCAGGAUUUCAAGAUGAUGGCUGAACCCAGAACGUCUUCUAUUGAGGGGAAGUUGUCUGAAGAAUUUGCUGUUCCGUCCCAUGUUGACGAGGUCAAAGAGAAGAUGGCUGCUUUUGCUAGACAUCACGCAGAAGCAGGUCGCAAGGUGGUCCUCAUCACGUCUGGAGGCACUAAAGUUCCCCUGGAGUCUCGCACCGUCCGCUUCCUUGAUAACUUCAGCAGUGGCAGACGAGGAGCCUCCUCAGCAGAAUAUUUCUUAGACUCUGGCUAUGCUGUCAUUUUCCUACACAGGCAUCGCUCUCUUUACCCCUACGUGCGCAUGUUUUUAACCGUCAACAUGUUGGAUGUGCUGCAGUUCAGGGGUGCAGAAGGAGCAGCUGCCAACUCCGGUGACGUGGUGAUUAACCAGCAGCUGCUGCCGAACAUUGCCAAAGUGCUGAAACGAUACAAUGAAGUGAAAGAUGGCACGCUCCUGUUGCCCAUUGAGUUCAACACUCUGUCAGAGUAUCUGCAUUUACUCAAAGCAGCAGCGCAGGCACUCAGCAGUAUAGGAUCAAAGGCUAUGUUUUACUUGGCGGCAGCUGUGUCUGAUUUCUACAUACCAGCAUCAGAGAUGCCUGAACACAAAAUCCAGUCUUCCAAUGGGCCUCUUCAAUUGAGCAUGAAGAUGGUCCCCAAGAUACUGUCCCCCCUCGUGAAGGACUGGGCACCUCAAGCAUUUGUUACAUCUUUCAAGCUGGAGACUGAUUCCAGCAUACUGAUUGACAAGGCUCGGCGGGCUCUGGACACUUACAGGCACCAAGCAGUGGUCGCCAACGUACUGGACUCUAGACGGGGUUACGUGGUGGUGGUGACCCCCGAGACUCAGGCCGAGCUGAUCCUCACCGACGAGGAUGUGAAGAAUGAGGUGGAGAUUGAGGACAGGAUAGUCAGCAACCUGACAUCAGCACACACCAAGUUCAUAACUCAACAAGAAGGUUGAAUGGAUUUUGUCUGUGUGCUUACCUGAUGUUUCGCUGAAAUUCAUGCUUGCCUGCUCUGCAGCCUACUUUCUACCCCUUCAGUCUCUUGUUUGGCUGCAGAGGUCUCGUAAUAAUCGUUAACUAUCAACAUCAUGCCUUUCUGCUGUUUUACAUGUUCUGAAAAUUGGACUCAACAGUUAGAAUGCCAUUGCUGUACAGGAACAAAAUACAUAUUCAUUUUUCAAAUGUUUAUUCACAUCGUCAUAAAAGUAUUAAAGAUUUUACAAAUGCUUCACCCGAAAUAAACAUUUAUU